CAUGGGGUCUCAAUGAAAAGCUGGCGGUACUCCAACUGUUACUUAGAAAAUUUUUAAAUCGUAUUUCCAGAUGUUUAUAUUUUAAACUUUCUUUCUGAAAGUUUUCAAGAAAAAAUGUUGAACACAGUUUUUCUCCUCCUCUGCUCUUUGCAAGAAAUUACUGCAGAGGUUUCAACAAAUUCAUCAAGAGAUCUAUCAGAUAUAGCAACGCCAAUGCCAGCAGCAACAACAGCAAUAGUAGUAGCAUCAGCGAAAGACAUGGUAGAAGGCACAUGUAAUAGAACAGACUCACGAAAUGUUCUAUGGACUGAACAGUAUGGAAAGAUGGCCACGCAGAAUUGUCGUGCAAUUCCUGUUCAGCAAGCUUUUUGGUUCUGUGAUGAAUUGCUUAAAGAGUUUAACACCACAGAACCAGACAGAUCUUAUUGUACUGAUCUCUGGAUAGAUGAUAUAGAAACAAUGGACAGUGCUGAAGCCAAAGCGGAAGCAAUAUAUCAAGAACUUUAUACUUUUGGUAAUUCAGCCCUAGGAGGUACUAUUUCAAAACUUGGAGACAUUCUUCUAACUAUUCUAAAUUCAAGUAGAAGUGAAAAUAUAGAAGACCCAUAUUUCUCAAACAAUAUUAUUAUCUCAAUAAACAAAGUGUUUGAGUCCUCAACUGGAUGGAAAGAAAUUACAGACUUGGAAACAAAAAGCAAAGCAAUGACUAACUACCUUCAAGCCUUGGACUUUACAGGAUUUAUCAAGGCAGAAAAAGAAACUUCAUCGGUUUCUACCUGGACAUUGGAUUUAUCCAGAAUACAAAUAUUUGUGGAAAAGACCAAUUUACUUGUUCAUGGUUUGCAGAGUUGCUUUGAUUUUGAUCAUGGUUCCAUAUGUGUUGACAAUUUUCAGGUACCAUACCCUUUUUUAUGUAAUCCUAAAUUACUUAAUCAGAGUAAAUCUACAAUGUUAUUUUUUACCAUGACCAUUCUGCAGACAAACUAAAAACAUAUUUAAACCCGUAAUUGUUUUGCACCAAUAUCCAAAAAUUAAUUACAGAAAAUGUAAUAUCUUUGAUUGGUUCAUAACAUGCAUGGUGCAAUGUAGUAACCUCACGCAAUUGCUUAAUAAUGUCAAAAUUUUAAUUAGGAAAAUGAAGAAAAUAUAUUUGUUGCAACUGCUGUUAAAACAUUGAAAGAAGAAGAAGAUGACUCAUCAAUAUUUCCAAGUUUUUUACCAGGAAUGUGGCCGGGACUUAAUCUUCUUAUCUAAAAUGAGAUGGAAAAUCUUUUUGUUAAUCUGCAGAUUAUUUAAAUUUUUAUUUUAUAUCCAGGAGAGUGUCUAAAAUUCAACCAA